AUGUCCGGCGAAGAGGCGGAGUCCCACGCCCGGACCGUGCGCGUCAGUCGCUGCGACUCCGCGCCCCUGGUGUGGCGCACGGAGGACGUGGCGGCGGCGCGUUCCCUCGGUCUGGUGGGGGCGCUCCUGGGAUCGCUGCCGCGGACGCCCCGGCAGAACCUGCGUCUGGGCCGGCCCUUGUUGUUGCUGCCCGAGGAGGAGCGACUUCUGUCGCCCGAGCCGGCGACCCCUGACGCGGGUCCACACGUGCAGGCGGCGUCUUUCCAGGAGGCGCUACAACAGAGCUACGACCAACAGCGAGUGCUGGCGCUGCGCGACAGGAAGGAGGCCGUGCUGCGCGUCUUCUCUUCUGACGGCGCAGAUUCAGAGGCGGAGCUCCGUCGCCGAUUAGAGGCCGUCGAGCGAGACUUUGUUUUCCCGCGAUCGGCCAUGGCGGUCCAGCUGAGCACGGCCAGGAACUGGCCCGACCGCCGCGCCCCCGCCGCCGUCGUCGCCGCGGACGCGCCGGACGACGCCCGAUACCGUGUUUUUGCCGACUUGAGGGGGCGCGGCUUCUACUUGACCUCGGCCGGGAAGUUUGGCGGCGAUUUCCUGGUCUAUCCCGGCGACCCCUUACGUUUCCACGCGCACUUCAUCGCCUUGUGCGUGCGCGCCGACCAGGAUGUGGCGCUCUCGGACCUCCUGGCCAUCUCCCGCUUGGGCUCCAACGUCAAGAAGACGGUCCUCCUGUGCUCGCCGCGUGACGACGGUGGUGUCACGUAUUCCUCGCUGGCCUGGAGCGGGAUGGCCUGA